GUAGUAAUAAACGCAUGUGGAAAUCCUCGGGUGUUUACUUCAAACACAUGGAAGCAUUAAACUUAAAAGGCUGUAAAGGUCAUACGUUGAAAAUACAACAAAGUUCCUCUAUUUUAUACAAUGAUGACAGAGGAUUUAAAAGGAACGCCGCUUGGUAAACCAAGACAGCUGUACAGAGCAGUGUCAUUUGAAGAUAUUCCAAAAGGGGCCAUUCCACUUUCAAAGAUUGAACUGCUAACAGUCAUGAGAAGAAGAAUCGCAAAGCAUGAAAACAAAUUACAAAUAUGGCCAUUAGCAUUUAACCAUAUUGUUACUGGAUCAACUGGACUUGCGUCUGCACUAGUUAUCAAUCACCAUUACCGUAAAGUGUUCAGCCUAAAAAACUUAUCCCUUGGACAUACAUAUGGAAUGACAGGUUUCAUCGGAGCUGUGGUUCCCUAUGCUUUACAUAGUCAAUUAGUUACUGAACCAAUUCUCAAAGGCUAUAAUUCUUGCUCUUUAUGUUUAGGCACACGUGCUGGAACCUUACAAAUAGUAGGAGGUGUCUUGUACCCUAUAGUUAUAUCAUCAUUAUUAUGCAUUAUACAUGCUAGAAAUCAUUAUACAUAUUCUGUGCCUAGUAUCUCACAAGGAUCUCUGGUGUUCAAAAUGAUUAAAACGACAUUUCCAUUUGGAGCCACAUUAAGUGUGUUACUAUUUUCUAAUUUUUUAGUUGGUGUACUUUUAACUGAGAAGGAGAUGGAUGUAUAUGAACGAGUUUUUGGUCACAGUUUUGAUCGUCCACCAGAGGAGGGAGAAUUAGUGACUGAUCUUAAAAAAUAGAUUUUUAUAGUGUUAAUGAAUGUUAAUGUAUUUGUUUCAAUAAACAGUUUACUUUUAUAA